AUGUCAAUAUAUGUUUUAGGAAGAUGUGGAAUGCUAAACAGAUAUUUAAUUAGCCCUUACAUAAAAACGCCAACAUUACAUUUAUUUGAAACUUUCCAACAAAAUAAAAAAAUUUUUAAACAAAAAAUUUUUUAUUCUCAAUUUUCGGCAUUAUCUUCCAAUGGAGAAGUUCCAAUAAGAACGCAUACUUGUGGUGAGUUACGAAUUGUUAAUGUUGGACAGCAUGUUGUGUUAAAUGGAUGGGCUCAGAAAAUCCAUAAGUUAUCACCUGGACUGAUAUUCCUACCUAUCCGUGAUUCUCAUGGUAUAACACAACUUGUAUUAAGAAACGAGAACUUGUCUAAUAAUAAAAAACCCGAUUUGCUUGAAAAAUUAUCCAACUUAUCCAUCGAAAGCGUUAUUUCUAUACAAGGCAUGGUUAUGGGGCGACCUAAAGAAACUAUAAAUAAAAAUAUGGAAACUGGAGAAAUUGAAGUGGAAAUUAAUGAUUUAGUUUGCUUAAACCCUGCAAUCAAAUUACCAUUUUUUGUUUCAGAUAAAUUGCCUAAUGAAGAAGUCAGAUUCAAACAUAGAUUCGUUGAUUUAAGAAGUGAACUUCUCCAGAAAAAUCUUCGUAAACGCUCUUUAACAUCAUCAAUUAUUCGUGACUUUCUUAAAAGUGAAGGAUUUCUCGAGGUAGAAACACCCAUAUUAUUCAAAUCAACUCCAGAAGGUGCACGAGAAUUUAUUGUACCAACAAGAACAAAAGGGUCAUUUUACGCUUUAACACAAAGCCCACAACAAUACAAACAAUUACUUAUGGCAGGAGGAAUUGACAAAUAUUUUCAAUUUGCAAAAUGUUUUCGUGAUGAGGAUUUAAGAACUGAUCGUCAACCAGAAUUUACUCAAAUUGAUUUGGAAAUAUCAUUCAUUUCAAUGUCUGGUAUCAAAUCACUAAUCGAGAAAUUGUUGGUUAAAAUAUGGAAGGAUGCUUUAAACAUUGAUUUAAAUCCAUUUCCUACGAUUUCUUAUGAAAAAGCUAUGUCUAAAUAUGGUUCUGAUAAGCCAGAUACACGAUAUGAAAUGGAGAUUAAAAAUAUAUCUCAACAUUUAUCUGAUAUUUUGGGAAAUUCUUCAGAAAUUAUUGAAUGUCUUGUCAUUAAAAAGAGUGAUAAUUCCAUUCUAAGUCAAAUCAAACACCUAAUUUCAUCUCAUAAUGAUCAAGAAAUUAAGUUGUCAAGUGAUAACAUUGAUCUACUCAAAAUUACACCAAAAAAUCUAGAUUCAUGGUUAUCUAAAUCAAAAAUUAUACAAAAGUCAUCUUUAAUAAAAUCAUCUCAAGACAUAUUAACAAAUGUAUUAAAUGUCGAAGUUGGUGAUUUGAUUGUCUUAAAUAUAAGAAACAAAUUUUCUUCAGGAAGUUGGACACCUUUAGGUCGUAUUCGGGUUAUAGCAGCAAAACUUUUACAAUCAAAAGGAUUAAUGAAAAUUGACGGUUCACAAUAUAACUUUUUAUGGGUUGAUUCAUUCCCAUUAUUUACCAAUGAUGAUGAUACUGGGCGUUUAAUAUCGAAUCAUCAUCCAUUCACUGCACUAAUGCCAGAAGAUAUCGAUUUACUUGAUAAAAAUCCUGAAAAAGUUCGUGGCCAGCAUUAUGAUUUGGUGUUGAAUGGUGUUGAAAUAGGUGGUGGUUCUAUUCGUAUACACUCUCCAAUUUUACAAGAUAAAAUAUUUAAUGAUAUUUUAAAGUUAAAUCAAGAGGAAAAAGAAAGUUUUAGUCAUUUAAUAGCUGCUUUGGGAUCUGGAUGUCCGCCGCAUGGUGGUAUUGCAUUAGGAUUUGACCGUCUCAUGGCAAUUAUUUGUAAUACCGACUCUAUUAGGAAUGUUAUGGCAUUUCCAAAAACUACAUCUGGAAACGACUUGACUGUAUCAAAUGAUAAUAUUAAUGAAAUGGUUUACCACCACAACUAG